CGCGUGACGCAGUACGGCGGCCGAGCGGGUGCGGGCGGCGGGCCGCGAUGGAGCGGCUGGAGCGGUGCGGCCGCUGGCUGCGGGCUGGGCUGGCCGCCGGGCGAGUGCGCUGCCGGCUGCCCUGGCUGCUGCUCGGCAUCGUCCUCCUCGGGUCCGCCCUCAAGGACGGCGACAUGGUGCCCGAGACGCCCAUGCGGAACAAGCGUAACCCGCUCAACGUAUAUUUUGUCAAGGUGGCUUGGGCAUGGACGUUCUGGCUUCUGCUGCCCUUCAUCGCAGUCACCACCUAUCAGUUUGCCAAGAGCAAGUUCCUCUAUGGUCCCACAAAGAGCAUUUUGAUGGUACUGCGGCGUCUCAGUGCACUGCUAGUGGGUACUGCCAUCUGGUACGUCUGCACCGGACUCUUCAUGUAUAUCGAGAAUCUCACCGGCAUGUGCUCAACCUCGGGUAAACUCAGCGAGCCUCGCCGGCUGUAUGCCACCAAGCAGGAGUGCCACCAGGACAACGGGAUCUGGAAUGGUUUUGAUAUCUCAGGGCACUGUUUUCUGCUCUCGUACUGUGCUCUGAUGAUUGUGGAGGAAGUGGCUGUGCUGGAAAGCUUGUCCAUAGACCAGAACUCUAAGCUGCGUGUUGUGAUCAACGGCCUAUUUGUAUCCUUGUGUUUUCUCACCAUGAUCUGGGUAUUCAUGUUUCUCUGCACUGCUGUGUAUUUCCAUGACUUCAGUCAAAAGCUUCUUGGUGUGCUGAUAGGUCUGUCAGCUUGGUACGGAACAUACAGAUUUUGGUACUUGAAACCCUUUUCUCCUGGACUGCCUCUUCCAAAUAUACCUUUGAGUUCAAAGAAAUAUAGUUAUAGCAGAUAAAAUAAGUUUUAAAAUGUUUGGAUGUUGCUUUUGGUACUGAAAGGUUUCAGUAGUUGAAUGUAGGAAUAGUAAUGGUAUUUCCACUGUAAGGAACAAGGUGAUGGACAGGAGGAAACCAAAUCUGUACUAGCUGAUGGCUGGCAGGUGGUAAUGAGCUUCUUCCUUGGGAGAGAAAAAAAUUGGUGUUGGAAGAGGUCUCCUUUUGUUUAGGAGCUGCUGACUGGCAUUCCCAGCAAAGAAAUCGGAAGUUGGAUCUGUUUCUCUUAUUAAUAAAUGGAGGAGCAGCUCCAAGGCUGACAGAGGCCUUUUGCUCUUUAAGAGCUUGACUGAUCUCAAAUUAAUUCUCCCUCUUUUUGAUUUAUGUAUGUCAAAAUAUCAUGGAUGAUCCAAACCUCAUAUUUCUUUUUUUUUAAUACUCCUAUUUUUAUUGCCUUACGGGAAAACUCUAAUAAUGACAGGGCCGCUAAGUUGCAAAAAUAUCAAUACUCGUUAAAGCAGUAUAUAGCUCUGUUGUGAAACUGGAACAUCUCGUGUUAUCAAGUGUUAAAUGCACUAACUUGCCAGAAAUGCUUCUUAGCUGUCUGCAACAAAAAGAGUAAAUCUGAGAUGUAAUGUCUUAAGCAGACUGUGACUUUAAAUUCACGCCUGCCUUUGAAAAGGAAACUCUUGAAAAACAAGCCUUAACUUCAUCCUUAGGUGAAGUAUCUGUAAUAAUCUUUUGUCAUUUUAUUCUUGACAUGAAAAACAAAUUCCUUCCAAUUUUGCUAAAAAGUCUAAUAUGAGAAUAGGGGUUUUAAUUUUUUUAAAAUCUUGCAAGUUGUACUCUUUGCGACAAGUAGUACUACGUUCCUUCUAGAAGAACAAUGAAACUUGUUAUGAACGAGUUAGCUUAACCUGCUAUUUCCCUAAUAGUAUGCUUGGUAAUGAACGAAACACAGUGUUUAUCCUAAGAGCUGCAAAGCAAUGUGCUUGAAGCAAUAUUUAUUCUUGCUUAUCCAGCAAUAUCAAUAACCAACAUAAUUUUGUUUGCACAUAAAGCUGUGGCCGCUUUUGAUGUGGCUGGAAACCCACUACUGAAUGAAACACUACUAUUAUAUAAUGAAUAGGUAUGAGGUGGGAUGUGUUUACUCAUCAUAUCAAUCAGUCAUUUAGCAUAGUUUUUAUCUUGAAAAGCUUUUUAUUAUUUCAUAAAGGCUUAUUCAUGAUGCAGUUGCACAAAAUCUGUUUGACAGUUGUAGUGAUGAGCAAGACAGCCAAAAAGGGCCGUGGGCGAGGCUGUAGAUAGUGUCCGCUGGUCUGAGAGUGGGCUUGAUCUGUCUGUAGCGUUUGACUCCAAGGUGAUUAUUUUGCUGAAUAUAGGGUAUGAUGCACCGUAAUCUAAUCUCAGCGCGUUUCUUUUUGUCAUCUCAACAGCUCUCUUCCAGCAAGAGAGUGGUAGCAUUUGCAGUAAAUACAGCAGUGUUAAUUCCACACUUGUGGUCUGCCUCGGAGGUGAGCUGAAUUCAUCUCAAUUUUCACUGAAUUCGGUGGCAAGUAGGAGCUGUGUCUUUAGAAAGUCCAAAUCGCCUCGCAGAAAUAAGCCGUUUCAGGAGGUUGUGUAUUUUCCGUCAAGCUCCUCCUUUUGUUUUUGCAGUAAAUUGCCUUUUAAGCUGAGUUUUUGGAAAAUUUGCACUGAUUAACUCAUAUUGGGUUUAACUAAAUUUGUUUAAAUGAUGCAAAUUCAUUUGCAGACAUUCUUUUUAGGUAAUGUAAGCCUGCUCCCAAUAGAGUUUAGCUAGACUGCAAGCCACUUUGACCAUGAAAAAGGACUAUAUAUCCAGGAGGUUUUCUGAUUAAUGUCAUUAGAUUUAAAUUUCUAUUUUAGGUUAUCUUUAUGUAACUUUGCUAUACAGACAAAGCCUUGGAACAGAAAAUGCUAUUUAUUUAAACUGACUUGCUGAAAUGAUCUUCAGUUUCACAAAUGUUUUGUGCAAUCACGAUAUGGAUAUUUCUGUCCACUUCUAACCAGUGCCAUAUAACGUUUUUAUUAUGGAAAUAAUGUGGGAUAUGGUUAUUUGCAAAACUUUUAUUUAAACAAUGAAAGAAAACUUUUAUUUAAACACUUGAAAACUU